AUGAAUGAUGGCGAGGACGAUGUGUCUGGAAUGAUCAAUCUUGCCGUCUCGCUCAUGGCAGAAUGCAAGGCAGGGUUAUCGCUUUCGGAGCUCAACACUGUGGUCUUCCUGUUCCGUCAAGUUGAAGAUAGCUGCCCAGCAACACAUCCGCUUCACCCUGCUGCCAAGAGAGAUCUUGCGUCCGUAUUGGGAGUCAGAUUCAUGUACACCAAUCAAAGACAUGAUUUGAUGGAAUCUUUGACUCUUCGCAACGAGAUUGUUGAAGAUUGGAAUUUAGACCAAGAGGCGAGCCCUGAAACCAAUACCGCUAUCCGACGAGAGAACAAGACGGACACAGAAGACACAUCACAACUGGCGAAGAGAUUGUUGACGGACUUCCAGAAGUCAACUUCCCUUCACAUUCUGAACGACAUUGUCUUCCUUGUUCAACAGGCACUUGCACAAUUAUCAGCUGCAUCUACUAGCCGGUUCAUUGCAUUGACAACUCUGGUUGAUGCAUUAUAUGCCCGCUUCAACCAUUCCUAUGAUCUGACCGACCUGAACGAAGCAAUUUCUAGUUUGCAAGAUGCUACUAAAUGUUGCACGGAGCGAGAUCAGCAAGAAUCAAACAUAAACUUCCAGAUCUGCGGGCUGUUAGCAACACGAUUUGAUUUGAUAGGGGAUCUUUCUGAUCUUCAAACAGCAUGGGAUUGGACUAUCAAAGGCACUGAAACUUCCACAGGUAUUCAGGAAUCACUUGACCUUGCCAUUGAACUUUGUACACAGUUCAACAUGUCGGGUAACAUGGUGGAUCUGAAUACAGCAGUGACACUUUUUAGGGAAGUGAUUGCACAACUACCUCAGGGAAGUGAGAAUUAUGCAGCUGUUGUCAAUAAUCUUGCUUCUGCACUGUGGACCCGAUUUGAGCAAGGAGGUCAGCGAAGUGAUCUUGAUGAAGCUAUUUCUCUGCACAGGCAAGCUCUUGAGCUCUUCCUUCCACCCCAUCCCAAUCGAUCUAGCUCACUCAACAAUCUUGCUUCUGCACUGUCAACCCGAUUUGAGCAAGAACUACAGCAAAGUGAUCUUGAUGAAGCUAUUUCUCUGCACAGGCAAGCUCUUGAGCUGUUCCUUCCACCCCAUCCCAAUCGAUCCAGCUCACUCAACAAUCUUGCUUCUGCACUGUCAACCCGAUUUCAGCAAGGAGGUCAGCAAAGUGAUCUUGAUGAAGCCAUUUCUCUCCACAGGCAAGCUCUUGAGCUCCGACUUCCACCCCAUCCCCUUCGAUCCAGCUCACUCCACAAUCUUGCUUCUGCACUGUCAACCCGAUUUCAGCAAGGAGGUCAGCAAAGUGAUCUUGAUGAAGCCAUUUCUCUGCACAGGCAAGCUCUUGAGCUCUUCCUUCCACCCCAUCCCAAUCAAUCCAGCUCUCUCAACAAUCUUGCUUCUGCACUGUUAACCCGAUUUCAGCAAGGAGGUCAGCAAAGUGAUCUUGAUGAAGCCAUUUCUCUCCACAGGCAAGCUCUUGAGCUCUUACUUCCACCCCAUCCUCUCCAAUCCAGCUCACUCCACAAUCUUGCUUCUGCACUGUCAACCCGAUUUGAGCAAGGAGGUCAGCAAAGUGAUCUUGAUGAAGCCAUUUCUCUGCACAGGCAAGCUCUUGAGCUCUUCCUUCCACCCCAUCCCAAUCGAUCCAUCUCGCUCAACAAUCUUGCUUCUGCACUGUCAACCCGAUUUGAGCAGGAGGUCAGCAAAGUGAUCUUGAUGAAGCCAUUUCUCUGCAUAGGCAAGCUCUUGAGCUCCGACUUCCACCCCAUCCUCUUCGAUCCAACUCACUCAACAAUCUUGCUUCUGCACUAUCAACCCGAUUUGAGCAAGAAGCUCUUCCUUCCACCCCAUCCCAAUCAAUCCAGCUCACUCAGCAAUCUUGCUUCUGCACUAUCAACCAGAUUUGAGCAAGAAGGUCAGCAAAGUGAUAUUGAUGAAGCCAUUUCUCUGCACAGGCAAGCUCUUGAGCUCUUUCUUCCACCUCAUCCUCACCAAUCCAGCUCACUCCACAAUCUUGCUUCUGCACUGUUGACCCAAUUUCAGCAAGGAGGUCAGCAAAGUGAUCUUGAUGAAGUCAUUUCUCUGUACAGGCAAGCUUUUGAGCUCCAACCUCUAUCCCAUCCCCUUCAAUCCAGCUCUCUCAACAAUCUUGCUUCUGCACUGUUGAUUCAAUUUGAGCAAGGAGGUCAGCAAAGUGAUCUUGAUGAAGCCAUUUCUCUGCAUAGGCAAGCUCUUGAGCUCCAACUUCCACCCCAUUCCAAUCGAUCCAUCAUGCUCAACAAUCUUGCAAAUGCACUGUGGAUCCGAUUUGAGCAAGGAGGUCAGCAAAGUGAUCUUGAUGAAACCAUUUCUCUGCAUAGGCAAGCUCUUGAGCUCCGACUUCCACCCCAUCCUGAUCGAUCCAACUCACUCAACAAUCUUGCUUCUGCACUAUCAACCCGAUUUCAGCAAGGAAGCAAUCUUGCUUCUGCACUAUCCACCAGAUUUGAGCAAGAAGGUCAGCAAAGUGAUAUUGAUGAAGCCAUUUCUCUGCACAGGCAAGCUCUUGAGCUCUUUCUUCCACCUCAUUCCAAUCACUCCAUCUUGCUCCACAAUCUUGCUUCUUCACUGUCGACCCGAUUUCGGCAAAGAGGUCAGCAAAGUGAUCUUGAUGAAGCUAUUUCUCUGCACAGGCAAGCUCUUGAGCUGUUCCUUCCACCCCAUCCCAAUCAACCUGGCUCUAUAAACAAUCUUGCUUCUGCACUGUUGACCCGAUUUCAGCAAGGAGGUCAGCAAAGUGAUGUAAAUGAAGCCAUUUCUCUGUACAGGCAAGCUCUUGAACUCCGGCUUCCACCUCAUCCUGACCGAUCCAGCUCACUGUACAACCUUGCUUCUGCACUGUCGAUCCGAUGUGGGCAAGGAGGUCAGCAAAGUGAUCUUGAUGAAGCAAUGUCUCUAUUCCUCACAGCUACCCAAUACCCCUUCCAAUCUCCAUUUAAUCGCCUCCGCAUUGCAAGGAGAUGGACACGUUGUGCAGAUAGAAAUCAACAUAGCUCUGCAAUUGAUGCCUAUGAAGCUUCCAUACAGGCUUUACCACAGGUGGCUGCUCUGAGCUUGGAUGUAGCAUCACGACGGGAUGUCAUGACUGCAGGCAGUGAUGGCUUAGCUCGGGAUGCAGCUAGAUGUGCUAUUCGCUCUGGACAUCUGGACAAAGCCAUAGAACUUCUAGAAGCAGGGCGAAGUAUCUUCUGGUCACAAGCCCUAUCUCUCCGCUUGCCUUUUGAUCAAAUCCACAAGAUUGCACCAGAAUUGGCAGAUAAGCUACAAAAUAUUGCGACUAAGCUGGAGAUUGGAUCUCAUCACCAGGAAGCAGCCCAACUUAAUCGCCUUAAUGAAGAAUGGGCUCAAUCUAUUCACGAAGUUAGGAAAUUGAGUGGAUUUGAGGAUUUUUUAUGCCCAUCCCGUUUAUCCUCACUCAAAAUGGCUGCAUCAGAACAUCCACUUGUCAUUCUUAUUGCAAAUGAUGAUGAAAGUCAUUGCCUCAUCAUGACAUCAACAAUCAUUCAUCACAUCCCUCUUCCAAACUUAGACACUCCCAUGUUGAAGGCACUUGCUCAUAUGAUUCAGAUAGCUGGCUCUCACUCACCGAUACCACGGUCACUCAUUGAUCAAACCCAGGACAUGAAUAUAAAGCUUCUGGGAGAAGAGCGAGCAGGAAGGGUUAGCGGCAAUGCUCAACUUAGAUCUUCAGAUAACAUGUUCAUAUCUGUUUUGAGGAUGCUGUGGGAUGAAUUGGUGAAGCCAGUCAUUAAUUUUCUUAAUAUUAAGAAAUCAGACAAAAUGACUGUCCUGCAAUGGUGCCCAACUGGUUAUUUCACCUCCCUUCCCAUCCAUGCUGCAGGCUGCUAUGAUGAUGAGCUAGCUAUUGAUUGUGCCCCAGAUUACUUCAUUUCCUCAUACACUCCAUCCAUAGGGGUGCUUCUGGCUUCGGAUUCAGCUCCCACUAGCCAAGCAUUCCAAAUGAUGGCUGUGAUCCAAUCUAAAGGGCUGCCUUCUACAAGAAGGGAGCUAGAAAACAUUCGGCGACAUGUAUCUUGUGAAGCUCUCAUCGAAUUAGGAGUUCCUGGAGUACCUGCUGGAGUUGAAGCUGUUGCCUCCCGUCUUUCAGAUAUGUCUAUCGUUCACUUUGCAUGCCAUGGGAACCAAGAUCCAUGGAAUCCACUUGACAGUGGGCUCAAGCUUGAUGAUGGGUUACUCCGAAUCUCAAGAAUUAUGAAGGAAAAGAUGCCAGAUGGAUCACUUGCCUUUCUCUGUGCUUGUGAGACAGCUAUGGGCGAUCAAAAUCUACCGGAUGAGGCAAUGAGCAUAGGUGCAAGCUUGAUGUUUUCUGGAUUUCGGAGGGCCGUCGCUACUAUGUGGAAAAUGAUGGACGAAGAUGGACCUAUGAUUGUGGACACAUUCUAUGAAGAACUUUUCUUUGGUGGUCCUGAUGGAAGACCGGCUCUUAAACCUGAUAUGACGAAGUCUGCCCUAGCCCUUCACCUUGCGGUCAAGAAACUCCGUUCGCAGGGUGUUUCAUUCCGUCGUUGGGUUCCCUUUAUCCAUAUGGGCAAAUAA